GGCGCGUGCGUCGUGUGGCGCCAAAAAGUCAGAGAUGGGAAACCUUCGCGCGCGAUUUUUCCACACUUGAGCGAAUUGAACCAUCUGCUGGAAGUAAUUUUUGCGAUUUCUCCUCUCAUUUUCAUCCUCAAAAUCCCCAACACAUAGAAAUUUUCAUUGAGGAGAAUCGCAAGAAAGCAAUAUUUGAGCAAUUGGGGCGCGAAUGUGUGUGUGCAAAAAGACAUUUCGUGUGAUCCCCGCUCCAUGGCCGCAAGAGCCCCAAAGAGUUUGUCGAACGAAACGAACUGAAACUGACGUCGGUGGCAGUUUCGAUUGAAUUUUCAUUGUGCUAACAUACGGCUACGACUCGGAAUAAUCUUUCUCUCAUUUCUCUUACCAACUUUAUAAUUCUCUUCUGUAUUCGUUCGGAAUCUCCGCUUCUAUCUCAUCUAAACUUUUGUGUAACGAAAAUAGUGAUUCCUGCCAAAGAGUGCAAUUUGUGAUGAGAAUCAAUGGAGUAUCCAGUGAAUGUGUAUAAAAAUGAUUUGCGUGAAUAAUGGCCGAUCUUGCGGAUCAGAUCGAUGAUUAUAUCUGCAGCUUUGAAGGUGUUGGCGAUCUGACAAUGGAUACACUGGCUAUGUUAAUAUUUGCAUGGGCAGUUAUUGCCCUCUUUGUGUUGUGGCUGUGCAAAUUUUUAUACAACAAAUAUGUGAAGAAGGUGAAAACGGACACUGCAUCCGCAACGACAACAGAUGCCACCAAGAAGGUCAUCCCAUCUGCAUCUGUUGGUGCCCCAGUGGCUGAUCUUGUGGAUAAAACAAGGCGAUCUGAACCCAAGGAGAUCCUCUCAAGCCGCGAUGUUCGAGAAUCUUCGGCGAAACCCCUGGGUAGGGGAAUCGUACGAGGUGGAGCGAAAGGUGGAGCGUCUGGAUAUGUCCCACCAACUCCUCCAAUGCGAAAAAGACUCUCCCGGAAGAGUCCUGGCCCUGAAUUGCGACGAUCGAGUCGGGUCGUUCAGCCACCCAGCAACGUCGUCGGACCAGAAACGAUUUCUGUAACGUGGACAAGCCAAGUGUUCAGAUGGCUAUAUAGCGAUCUUGUGAUCGUCAACGAACUCCUUCACACUUGGGUGCAAACUCUCAAUGAAUCUAUGAAGAAAUCCGUCGAGGAGCAUGGAGUCGCUGUGGAAAUUGUUAGAGUUCUUCCAGAAAGUCCUCCACCUCAGUUGACAAACAUCUUCUGUGCUGCCGAUGAAAAUCGUCAGAAUGAUGUGACAAUUACAAUGGAUUGUGAAUGCACACCUGUGCUGCAGGUGAAAGCCUUCCGACAGAAGUCAGGCAAAGUGGAGACGUCCCACUACAAAGCGACCGUAUCACGUUUCCGGGGACGUCUUACCACAAAGAUGGAUUACUAUAAAUUGAAUGGAGAGAUGCGCACUGAGGGCUAUCCUGAUAUUCGCAUCGGUCUCAAUAGUAUUGGGGCCAUUAAAGGGGCCACUGAUGAUGAGACUCACUUGCAGGAAGUUGUCACGGAAAUUCUCAUCAAUGCCAUUCGCACCACGAUCUAUCCCGUUGAUUUCUCCAUCUACUCUACAUGCCCUCGACCGCUAGAGCCCGAACCUGUUGAGUUACCCCUCAACUAUCCCAUUCACUACGACUCUCUGGCUACAAAUAUGGAACAUCUCAAUGAUGCUCGGGUCCAACAGAGUGCAGGAAAUGGCGUAGUGUCCACGGGAAGGCGUCUGUUGGUGAAAGUUCUGAAAGGUGAUGGCCUAUCUGUGGCUAAGGAUCCCUUCUGUGUGGUAGAAAUGGAUGAACCACCGCAGAAGAAUCAAACGGGAGUGCGUCAGGGUGCUAAUCCCUUCUGGGAUGAACAUUUUCUCUUCGAUUUGUCACCCCAAUCUGCGGAAAUCCUAUUUGAAGUCUACGAUCGAGCUACAACAAAUGCAGAGGGACAAUCAAAGUUUCUCGGAUUGGGUCUUGUGGGAAUUGACGAAUUGUCUGUGGGACCGGCCUCGUCGCAAAUUCUUACCCUUCAGCCGCGUCCCUAUGAAUCUGAGGCUGUCAGUGGAGCAAUAACAGUUGAGUUUGUUUUCAUUGAUGGAGCUGAAAUUCCCGCAGGACGCCGACCGUACAAGUUGAAGAAUGCCCUUAAGAUCGACACCCACUCGCCAUCAUUCAAUGACACCAGCAACCAGAAUGGGAAUAAUGGGGACAUCGUGGAUACGGCCAUCAAAGCCCUCGAAGGUGGAGCACUACACAAUAAUGGUCAUCCCAACAAAAGCACCCUCAUCAUCCACAGUGUUCAGCGGGUGGGAUUAAACGAUAAAGGCCAAAUAGAAUUGGAUGAAAGUGCCCUAAAUGAUGAUGUACAGGCUGUGGAUGAGAUUGUGGCCCAGACUGAGCCAAAGGAUGAAGUAGAUGAGGAAAUUGUGACUCCAGUAAGUGAGAAUGGUGAUUUAGAAAAUUCCUGUGCAACUGCCGCAACAGCCGAAGUACAAUCAAAUGGUCUCAAUUCACCAGAAGAUUUGCCUGGUGAGCCAAUAUCGCAUUCAUCGCCAAAUGCCACAAAUGGCUUCAAUGGUAAUCAGAGGGAUGGCAAUGGGAUCCAAACACCAACAACUCCAAGUGAUCCUCUGUUACCACUUGAAGAUGAUCGUGGAAGGACGAAGAAGAAGCGAGAUUUCUUCGGAACACUUAAGAGACGAUUGGGCAGAUCGAAGAGUCGUGCAAAAUCCGUUGAUCGCGACAUGAUCCCGAUCGACGCAGAAAAUCCACGUGGGGAGAUUCGAUCAAUAUCAGCAGAUCGUGGUGCAUCCGUUGUCAACAACAACAGCACAUUGUCAUCAGCAGGUUUAGCACCACAGCAAAGACUUAUUGUUCCGACGUUGGAUCAGUCACGACGAUCGUCUCUUUCAGAAUCAUCAGCAAUUAGUGGCAUUUCGAGCACCAGUACCAAAACAUACGUUCACGAGGCCUCAACACUCGUCUUGGAAACCAUCGAAAAUGGCGUGAAGCGGCAUUUCCUGGUUCCACUUUCGAUAGCACAGAGACCACGGUGGCGUCGUAAAGGAACGAAAUUGCACAUUUACAAUGAUCACACUUUUGUGGCGAAGCAUUUAAGUGGAGGUCUUCUGUGUGAUGUCUGCAACCGAUCAAUUCCACGACGCCCGGGAAAGCAGGGCUACGAAUGCCGCGACUGCCAGACAAAGUGUCAUAAGCAGUGUCAUGUUAGAACCCCUCAGGCCUGCACCAAUCCCACGGUGCUCUCCAUGGAACUGUCAAAGCUGAAUUCUGCCGCUGCUGAUCGGAGUAUCCGGAAACUCUGACAAAUAGCUGAGUAAAAAAAAAUUAAUAAUUCUACAAAAUUCAAUCACACACACUCUUCACAUCACAUGACGUUGUUUAUUUAUGUGGUAUUAGAAAGAGAAAAGAAAAAAAACAAGCAAAAUUGAGCAAAGAGAUCGCGGGGAAAACGAAUAUAAUCAAACUAUUGUAAGCUUGUGUUGUACAUGUAAAAUUCUAACUUUUCUAUUCUCUCUCUUUUCCCAAACAAUCUCUCUCAUUCUUGCUCUUUUAAUCUCUCUCAGUGAAUUCUCAAAACUUUUAUGUUUUAUUUCUUUUAUUUAAAAAAAAAGGCAGGAAAACUUUUAUCAGACACAAAACAAUCUAUGUUUUGGUGUGCAACAGAGCAGAAGGUGGAAUAACUUUUUUUGUGUUAUUUUAAUUUUAAUUUUUUUUUUAAAAAGGAACUUGUGAAUUUUAACGGAUUUUCCUCUUUUUAUCUGGUUAUUUUCAAUUUUAUUAAUUAGCGAAUAAUAGUGUGUAAGGGAAAUAAAAUACAAUUUAAUACCUCUUAUAUAAAAUGAAGAAAGAAAAAAAGUAAUAUAUAUAUAUUUAAAAGAAGAGAUAUUGCAAUAAAUUUGUUGUAAAAUUA